GAGGGGCGGGGCCUGAGGCGGCGGCGGGCUGCGUGAGGCGGCGGCGCGACGGAUCCGGGCCUUGCGGGGCCUAACGGGGCCUAACGGGGCCUGGCUGGGCCCGGCGGGGCCCGAACGGGCCUUAAGGGCCUGGAGGGGUCCGAACGGGCGGUAACGGCGCGGCGAUGCCGUCGGAGCGGGGCAGCUGGGCCGGGCUGAGCGGCCUGCAGAAGGUGGCCGUGCUGCUGGGCCUCCCCGCUGGGGCCACCAUUCUCUACAUCGUGUACCGGCGGUACCGGGAGGGCCGAGAGUUGCACGUGCCCACGGUGGGGGCCGAGGAGCUUGGGGCAGAGGUGCGCGUCCCGCGGGCGGUGGUGAGAGCCAUCAUCGGUCGGAAGGGGACCACCAUCCGAAGGCUGCGGCAGGAGACAGGGGCCCGCAUCGACCUGGAGGGGGAAGAUGAUGGUGAGGAGCAGCUGCUGCUGAUCUCGGGUUCCCCCAGCCAAGUGUGCAGAGCCAAAGCUGCCGUGCACCAGAUUGUGGUGGAGAGCACGCCGGUGUCAGAGCAGCUCUACGUGCCUCAGAGAGCUGUUGGGAGGAUCAUUGGCCAUGGUGGUGAGACGGUGCGCAGCAUCUGCCGCAGCUCCGGAGCCCAAGUGCAGUGCCAACACAACGCUGAGGCCAUGCUGGCACCGAUGCGGUCCAUCCAGAUCUCAGGGACACAGCGGGAGGUGGAUGCAGCCAAGAAACUCAUCAUGGAGAAGCUGACAGAGGACGCAGUGUUCCGCCAGGAGCUGGCUCAGGCCAUGGUGCUGCGGGGCCACUACAAGGAGCCCCUGGGCAGCCGCAGGGAAGCGUUGCUGCUGCCCAGUGGGGAGCACAGUGCCGGGAAUGGGGGCUCUCUGCCAGGGGGGGUGGCCAUGGAGGAGCUGCAGGACAGGAGUGAGGCAGCAGAAAAGCUGGCAGUGGUGCCAAAAUUUGAAGUCCCCAGCCCCGAUUUCAGCUUCCACGCAGAUGAGCACCUGGAGGUCUACGUCUCAGCUGCUGAAAACCCCAACCAUUUCUGGAUCCAGAUUGUUGGCGAGCGCAGCCUGCAGCUGAGCAAGCUGAUCUCUGAGAUGACGCAGCACUACCAGGGCAGCAACCACAUGGCGGAGCUGGCAGCCGUGCAGGCAGGGGACAUUGUGGCCGCUCCAUACAUGGACAGCAGCAAUUGGUACCGGGCCCAAGUGCUGGGCAUGCUGGAGAAUGGCAACUUGGACCUCUACUAUGUGGAUUUUGGAGACAAUGGGGAGGUGCCACGUGAGGCGCUGCGAGCACUGCGGAGCGAUUUCCUGAGCCUGCCCUUCCAGGCAAUUGAGUGUAGCCUGGCUGGGAUUGUGCCUGUGGGGGAGCAGUGGGACGAGGCAGCACUGGAUGCUUUCGACCACCUCACCUGCUGUGCCCAAUGGAAGCCGCUGAUGGCCAAAAUCUCCAGCUAUACCCAGGCUGGGCUGUGCACGUGGCCACGCAUCGUGCUGUAUGACAUCCACCACGGCGAGAGCCUUGACAUCGGGGCCGAGCUGGUGCGGCUGGGCCAUGCUGCCCUGCGGCCUCAUGAGGAGGAGGAGGAGGGGGAUGGAUCCCCACUGCCAGCGACGGAGGGUGCAGUGGAGACACCAGAGGACAUGGUGUGCACCUCCCUCGAGAGCCUCCUGUCAGAGCUGCCAGUGAGCCCCAGCACUACGCCACUGACCUUCUCCUGCAUCAGCCUGCUGGCCCGCGGGAGCCCUGGAACCCACCACACCGUGACACCUGGAGCACCGCGUCCCAUCACCCCAAGAGGAUCCCUUUACGCCAGCAGCCGCCCAUCCCUCUCCGAUGGGGACUCUGACUCUGUUUUCUGCACUGACUCCACGCACUAUGCCAACUCCUCUGUCUUCUCUAGCAGCCCCCAGCCCGGGGCCAGCCCCUUCCCCAUCCCCAUCAGCUCUGGGGGUGAGGAGGAGGAGGGCAGAGCCCCACAAGGUACAGCUGCCCUGUGGUGGCAUGAUAGGGCCAUACUUCUGUGCAGGUGGCACUGUGGGAUGUGUGCGUGGGUUGUGACACUGGUGUGGGGUUUGUCACUCUGUGCAGGAGGUGCCUUGGUGACCAGCAGCGGUGACCAUGCAGUGCUGGAGUGGAGCUCCCCAUGAUGCCCUGACCUUGGUGAGCUGCACUGUCCUCCAUGUAGAGCUUUCUCCCUGCUCCUGGGGCUGGAGAUGGGACUAGUGGGGCACAAAAUGGGGGGGCAUUGUCAUUCCCACAGCCCCACCCUGCCUCCAAAGGGGGCUGACCCUUUGUGCAGAGAUGCUGAGCAAUGCCACCACACAGAGGUGACCCCAGAGUGUCUGGUACAGGGGCUGAUGGGGCGCAUGGACCCCACAGAGCUGUUUCUACCCCUGCUGGCCACAGUGUUGGAUGCGUUUUGAGAGGCUAAGUACCUGCCCCAAAUCACAGCACGCCCCGCAUCGAGGGCGCCGGUUUCACCACUGGUUUCAUCUCCGCACCGACUUUGAACUGGUUUCCAGUCACCCUGUGUACGUAACCACAGGAGGAGACAAACCCAGCCCCAGUGUCUCCAAAUCUCAAUGGGGACGCCUCAGCCCCUCUCUGGAAACCACAUGGGCACUGCCCCGCUGUGUUCCCAGGGCCACUCCGUGCCUCGUUCCUCGUGUUCCCCAUCGGGUCAGUGAUGCUGUGGUCACGGCGGGGGUCCCUUUCACACUGUUGUCUCUGCGCUGUUGCGGUUUGGUUGUUUUCACCUCGCUGAGGGGAAGAGCUGUUUAGUUUCCUGGUUGAAUAAAGCCCACGGGGCAUUGAAUGCA